AUGAAUUCGGAAGAGCCAGUCGAUUACUGCCCUUACCGGCAGAACCUUGACUGGAGCCAGGUCCAAACCCAAGACUUCUCCAAAGUCAAGUACUUUCAACCUUCAGAUUCCGAAUUGGAAAAUGACGGCGACGUAUAUGCCAAUGGCGUGACAUAUCCCUCGCAACCUGCCCAGGCAAGCAGCAAGAAGAGCAAGAAAAAGGCCAAGAAAGACAAGAAGGCAAUACAAUACACUUACGACGAGCCGUCAACUGCUGCUCCCGAGAUCCCCACCCCGGAACCGCCUCACGACACCGGCGCGAAAGAAUCUUCGAAAAAGGACAAGAAGGACAAGAAGAAAGACAAGAAAAAGAAGAAGGGCAAAAGUGGCAAAGAAGCCGAGCCAGAGCCGACUGAGAGCUCCAAAUCGACUCCUUCGCCACCACCGCCGCCGGCUGAAGCGAAGCCAACGAAGAUGGACGAAUCCAUGAUUGACCCCAAAGAGGAGACCUCUGCUGUAGAGCCUGCGGCUGAAACCGACCCCGUUGUUGACCGAAGUCUCGACGAGCCCGUCAACGAGAAGAAGCAGGAGACAGAUGCAUCAGCGGCUGCGGCUGCCGCUGUUGCUGUUGCUGCCGCGGCGGCAACGGCAGCCGCGGUAGUCAGUACCGACGAAGACGCCACUGAAGCCCCCGCCGUUGCAUCAACGGAAGUCGAAGAAGAUGCCUUGGGCGAUGUUCCAGCUGCUCCAGCCGCUCCAGCCGACCAACCGGAGACAACACCUGAGAUAGCAGAGCCCGAAUCCGAAGGUCCCCUUGAGGAGACUCCUGUAGAAACAUCAACAUCGGAAGAAGCAGAUGCCGCCGAGGCCCAAGUCAACGACACAACUUCAGCCGAAGGUGCUCCCGAAGGAACGAGUGAAGCGGAGGCCGACAAACCAUUGGGAGACGCACCCGAAGGUCCUGCUGCAGUUGAGGAAGCCCCCGUUACUUCAGCAGAUGCUGAGCCUGAGGAGCCCGAACCCGAAGCAGAUACAACAUCGGAACCUCCAACUGAAGCUCUUACGAAAGACAAGCCCGAUGAGCUUGCACCUACAGAGGCCAUUCCAGAAGCUCCUGCUGAAGCUGAGACUGAGGUCCCCGCUUCUUCCGAGGAACCGACAGGCGAAACUGCACCAGAACCUGCUGCCGAGGAACCUACACCUGCUGCAGAACCUCCGACUGAGACCUCAGCCGAGUCUAAGUCAGAGGAGCCUGAGCCUACCGAAGAGGAAGCCGCCGAUGCAACGGUCGAGUCUGACGAUGCUGCACUAGCUGAAACUAAGAACGACGCCCCUUCUGCCUCAGAAGAGGCCGUGGCUGAAGUAUCGGCAGAGGACAAGCCUGAAGAUGCUGCUCCCGCAGAUGAACCGGCUGCCACGGAAGAUAUCGCACCUGUAGGGACGGAAGCGGAUGCCUCGGUCGAAACCGAGCCCGUGGGGCCAGCUGCUGAAGCUUCGGAUGAUGCCAAGUUGGACGAACCUGCGAAGGAUGCCACCACCGAUGCAGUAGUUGAGACCAACGCGGAAGAAGCUGCGUCUUCAGAUGAACCAGCGGUCGAAGUUACUACGGAGGCUCUCGCUGAUUCUUCUGCUGAUGCUCCCGCUGACGUCAAAUCUGAAGAUGCUGCUCCUAAGGAAGCAUCUACAGAGCUUGCCCCUGAAACUAUUACGCCUGUUGAGCCUGUAGUCGAGGAGGCAUCUGAGGCCAAGAUGGAUGAUAGUCCUCCUGUAGAUGUGCCGGCACCUGAAACCCCAGUUGAGGCGAAGACUGAGGAACCAGCUCCAGCUGAACCCUCAACUGAAGCUGCUGAGGAUGCGAAGUCUGACGAACCGGGGUCAGCGGAGACCUCGUCGGGUGAGCCGACUGUAACCGACGCAACAUCAGCUCCAUCAGAACUUGCACAUGAGGCCACCAAGGAGGGAGAAGCGGCCGGCUCUGAAACAACAGAGGCUGAAGCAGCGCCUAUAGAAGAUACUCCAGCUGCUGCCGCUGCCGAACCUCCUGCGCCUGAAGAAGCCGAGGCACCGGGCGCCGCUCCGACGGAACCAUCAGCUGAAGUUGCUGCCGCAGAGAGCGCUCCCACUCCUGCCGAGGAGGACAAGACUGAGGACGCUUCCGAGAACGAUACUUCUGGGCCAGCAGCUGUGGAGCCAGAAGAGCCAGCACCUGCUGCAGAAGAGGCAGAAGAGUCUGCAGAUGAUCACGCGAAGUCUGAAGAGCCAGCAGCGACUGAACCAGAUGCAUCUCCUGCAACAUUGGAAGAGGCACCCACAGAUGAUCUUCCUGUCGAGGCGACCGCUGUGACGAACCCUCCCGCCGAAGACCCUGCUUCCACGGAUCCUGUUGAGCCAAAGGAGGAGGCAGUAACCACCGAUGCUGAACCUGCAGCCUCACAAGAGGAUAGCGUUGUCGCUGAGCAAGACGCCGGGGCGGAACCCGAAGUGGCUGCUCCCGAGACGGUUGUUGACGAGUCCAAGUCUGAAGGUCCCUCUACUGUUCCAGAGCCAGCGACAGCAGAGGUAGCAUCCUCUUCGACAGAUACAGAAACUCCAGCUUCUGACGCCGCGGACGAAAAGAUUGAAACGCCCGCUACCGCUACUGAACCAGCUAAUGAGCAAGAGGCCACUCCGGUUGCGGAGACGGCGCCUGUGAGUGAGCCUGCUGAAGACAAGAACAUGCCUUCAGUCAGCGAGGCAACCGAGACGUCGGUCGAAGCGGCGCCUGUGUCUUCGGAUGUCACUGAAUCUGCUUCCGAAGCUACAGAGGCAGACGAGCCGGGAUCCGUCACGGAAACCGAGCCUGAGAUUGAGGCCGAGGCUCCGGUCGCUGUCGCAGCUGAUGCCUCUGAGCCAGAAGAGUUGGAAGCCCUCAAGACAGAAGAUGCUGAGGCACCUGAGGCCGAGGCUGAAGAGUCCAAGGAUGCUACUCCUGAACCGAUCAAGGAGGAGCCCGUUGCCUCCCAAGAACAAGACACUUCGCCCGCGUCGGAAGUUGAACCGAAGGCAUCCACGACAGAAGAGCCCGAAGCAACCCAGGAUGAUCCAGAUGCUUCCAAGGAGACCGAGGCUGAAACUUCCAAAGAUGCUGACUCCAAAGCGGAUGCUGUACCGACUAACGACGCCACGCCCGAGACCUCAUCGGACGUUGCUCCCGAAACUACUCCUGAGGCUCCCGCUGAAGCCGAAGAUCCAGCUCCUGCCAAUGUUGAAGCCGAGGGCGAGCCAGCGGUGGAUGACGCUGCGGAAUCUGAACCCUCCGGAGAAGCGGCACCAGAGCCUGAGCCCGAAGCCCCCAAGGAACCUGAGCCUGAGGCUGUAGCUGAAGUCGCAGCAGAUGCUCUUAAGGAAGCUGAAGCUGAGCCGGCCACUGAGCCGGCGGCCGAGGUCGUCGCAGAUGCUGGAGCCGGAACGACCGAGGGCAAGCCUGGUUCACCAAAUGAGGCCGAGGCCGAUGCCCCUGAGCCAGAAGAAAGUGCAGCCCCAGAGCCCGCCUCCACGGAUGCUUCCGCAGAUGCAGCCGCCGCAGGUGGUGGGGUUGUCUCGACAGAAGGUAUGAACGGUUACGAAAUCAUUAGUGACGGCAAAGAAUUCAGCUUCACCGUGGACAUUCUCUCCCCAAGGACCAAGGAUACUAAAGAAAAAGCAGAACCAGCAACGGAGACCGAAGAAACCCCCGAAGAAUCCAAGGUGGAAGAGCAAACUCCUGAUCUUGCCCCAGAAGAGCCCAUCACCGCCGCCGCCGCCGCCGACGAAGUCGAGGAUAAGACUGAAGCCGCUGAGAAGCCUGAAGCAGAGGCCGCCGUCGAGACCAAAGAAGCAGAAGCAGAGCCAGUCGUUGCAACCUUGGAUACAGAGCCUGAACCCGCCACUGAAGUGGUCCUGGAACCGACGGCUGAAGUUGAGGGUGCUGAACCCGAUACAGAACCUGUUGCGGAAGCCAAGGAUACCGAACCAGAGUCAACAUCCGAAGGACAAAACCCAGACCCGCCGACUGAUCCAGCUGCGGAGUCCGAACCCGCAGUCGAGCCCUCUACUCCUGAUACGGAAGCAGCCGAAGUGAAGGCGGCAGAGCCGGAUACGGCACCAGAGAAUACUACGGAGGCCGCCGAAGCACCCGCCGAAGCGGAGACGAAGCAAGCAGCGCCUGAAUCGGAGGCUGCAGCUGAAGAGACCAAGUCAGCCGAGGCAGAGCCAAACGCUGAACUUAAUGAGCCCGAGCCUGCUGCCGAGGCCGAAACAGUUCCUGAGGCGAACGACCCCGAGCCUGAGGUGGAGGCAACCCCCGCAGCAGAUGUUAAGGAACCCGACUCGGAGCCUGCACCAGCGGAAGAGACAGCCGAAGCCCAAGACCCCGCGACUGCCGCUGAACCUGCCGCUGAGUCCGACGCUACCGUUGAAUCUAAGGAACCCGAGCCUGAGCCAGCAGUGGCGCAAGAGACUACUGAAGCCAAACCCGAAGAGCCUACCGCCGAGGAAACCUUGGCACCAGAGCCCGAAGCUGCUGCUGAGCCGACUCCCACCGAGUCUGAAUCUCCUGCUGAACCGGAGGCUCCGACUGAGGCCGAAGCACCCACCGAGCCUGAGGCAGCUGCUGAGCCCGAAGCAACUGCCCAGCCCGAAGCACCCGUUGAGGCUGAAGCUGCUACCGAGCCAACCCCUGCUGAGCCCGAAGAUGCUGCUGAGGCUGAAGCUCCCGCUGAACCGGAGGCUCCGACUGAGCCCGAAGCACCCACCGAGCCUGAAGCUGCUGCCGAGACCGAAGCUGCUGCCGAGCCUGAGGCUUCUACUGAACCGGAGGCAGCUGCUGAGCCAGCUCCUGCUGAACCAGAAGCUCCUGCUGAGGCUGAAGCUGCCGCCGAGCCAACUCCUGCUGAACCGGAAGCUCCUGCUGAGCCCGAAGCUGCCGCUGAGGCUGAAGCAGCUGCUGAACCAACUCCUGAUGAGCCCGAAGCUGUUGCUGAGCCCGAAGCAGCUGCUGAGCCUGACGCUGCUGCUGAACCUGAAGCAGCUGCUGAUCCAACUCCUGCUGAACCAGAAGCACCGGUGCAGUCAACAUCCGUAGAACCUGCAGCAACUGUUGAACCAGAAGCGGUGGCUGAAGCACAGACGGCCGAGGGUGAGCAAGCGAGAUCUCUGGAUGUCGAUGAGAGCAAGGAUACGGUGGGUCCAAUCGCCUCUGAUGCAAGAGGAGCAGAGAAAACAGGUGAGAACUCCCUUCCUUCCCCUAAUCCCGAUUCCCCCGAUGGAGAUGCAAGGGAAGGACAGGAUGGCCAGGAUCCCGAGGUUCCGGACGAGGACGUCCAGGCCGGCAACCCUGAUCCGGAACCUGCGGAGCCCGUUGUGGACGACACACUGGAUACGAAUCCCACGGACCCUGCCGAAGAAGCUGAGGCGACAGCGGCGCCGAUUGAAGUUGCCGAAGAAGACCCCCCUACCAAUGCGGAAACUCAGGAGAGCCAAGACACUGCAGCUGCAGAAGAGACAGUUUCUACUGCUGUUGAAGAGCCUGUCUCCGAAGAGGCUGCGGCCGAAGAGCCUGUUGAAGAACCUACUGUUGACGAGCCUACUGUCGAAGAGCCUGCCUCCGAGGAGCCUGCGGUCGAAGAACCUGCUACCGAAGAACCUGCUGCCGAAGAACCUGCUGCCGAAGAACCUGCUGCCGAAGAACCUGCUGCCGAAGAACCUGCUGCCGAAGAACCUACUAUUGAGGAUGGUAUCACUGAUGAGGCUGCACCAACCGAGUCAGCUGAGCCAGCAGUAGCGGACCCGGUGGUAGAGGCGACCGAGCAGGCGGAGGAAGCUCCAGAGGCAGCGUCCGAGACUGUACUGGAAACGGCCGCACCUGCAGAUACCACUCCAGAAGAGACGGCCCUCGAGGGCCCCGCUACAGUGGAUGCUACUGCUGAGGAGCCAGCAUCAGAGACGGCUGCACCAGAAGAACCAACACUGGCCGAGCCUUCUCCUCAAGACCACGCCACCGAAACUACACCAGAGGACCGUUCCUCAGUUAUGACAGCGGAGGCAGCUCCCGAGGAGGCUAACACUGGGGAGGCUGCCGCCGUCACUGAGCACGCCUCUCAAGAAACUGCAGAGCCAGAAAUGAUAGGCGAGGAAACUGCGAAUGAAGCCAACCUUGAAAAGUCGUUACAAGUGGAAACUGGAGAUGAAUUACCAGCAGAGGCUGAGCCGUCGGCGGAAGAACAGACACAAGAUACUGUUGAAGAGUCUACCAUAGAAGCUCCUCUCGAACCGGAAUCCACCCCUGAAGAGUCACCAGCAGCAGAACCUGUCGCAACCGAGGAAAUAGUAGAGCAAUCCACGGAAGAUACUCUGCCAGCUCUAGCUGUAGAGGAUGCUACACCCGAGGAACCGGUAUCAACUUCAGAAGAAACCGCCCUGACUGCUGAGGAUGAGGGUUCACGCAACAAUGACGGGCUCAUCGCAGGAGCAGCUGCCGCUGGUGCUGGUGUUGGUGUUGCAGGAGUUUUGUUCGCUGCCAAUAUUGGAAAAGACUCGAACGAUGAUAUCACCGCAAGGGAGGUUCCCGAGCCCAACGCAACAGAUGCUAUCUCACGCCGAAGCUCGUCGGAUAAGUUGACCCAGACUCUCGCAAACUCCCUGCCUUCAGGACCAAUCACUGUGGCCGACCAAAAAGACGCUGAUGUGGACGCCCACUUCAACCCCGUGCAACGAGAGGGAUUUUCAGACUCCGGAACGCAAACAGAUAGCUCAGUGUGGGGUCUUCGACCCUCGACGCCCGCCGUGGUUCUUCCUGAGCUUCCCGUGUCACCAGCGGCCAAGGAAAGGGCAAGGGCUCUCAGACGACAGCGGAAGGUCUCCAUCAAGCAAGCCGAAGAGCUUGUGGCAGCUGCUGUGGUUAUCUAUGCUACGGCGGAGGCUCUCCGCUCACCCACAAGCCCUUCAUCGCAGAGCAGCACCCAACUCAUCAAGGCCAUGCCCAGCUGGGAGCAACAAAUCAAGACAAAACCGAAAAGGGCCUUUUUCUCGAGGAGAAGAAGGAUGCAGAGGCUCGUGAAAGGCACCGCCGACGUCGUCACUCCUCUACUCACCACUCAUCAUCGUAUUCUGGCCGCAGUCGAGGCGAAGACGAAAGCAGAGACGACAGCAGACGCCAUUCACACCACUCGCAUCAUUCCAGCCGACGACACCGAACGGACAGCGAACGAUCUCUCCGGUCUGGCGACUCUGCCCCCCGCACUCCGCCGGGACCUCCAAAGAGACAGGAUAGCGCGAAGGCAUCGAAGCGAACGUAGCGGAAGGACUGAAAGAAGCGAGCGCAGCAAUCGCUCCGAGCGCACGCCUGAGGAACAAGCUGCGCAUGAGCGCCGCAAGGAAGAGCGCAGACUUGCGCGUGAGAAGGAGAAGGAGCGUGAACGUGAAGCUGCUGAACGGGAACGAGAGCGUGAGCGUGAUCGUGAUCGCGACAGGCGUCGUGAGAGAGAACGCGAGCGUGAGCGCCAGCGUGAACUGGAACGCGAAGCGGAAGAAAGGGAGCGAUCACGUCGCAAAGGCAAGGGGCCUGAGGUCAUUGCCAAGCCUGAGGAGACGACAGACCGCAGCCAUCGCCGCUCUCGCCGCCACAGCACCGCGGAGCACCACCGUCCGGAGCGUACUCUUAGCAGGAGAGGACCCAGGGAUCCCUCGCCAGAACGGACGAAGGAAUUCUUCAGCAUCAACGGCGAAGGACCCCCUCUUCCCCCAUCAGCCAAGGACAACAUGCCAAUGGAUGACAAUACAGGACAACAAGAAGCAACUGGUUCACGCGGUAUCCUGAAGCGAUCCAGCACAACGCGCGAGAAGCACAGUCACAGCCACAGCCAUACCCGUCGGUCUGAGGAUGUUGGGAGAUCCAACAAGCUGCAAAAGGCACGUGAGCAAGUUGCCGAAGAAGCAGCACGCAAGGCGGCCGAGAAACCCAAGUCAAAGCACUCGGACGAUUCUCGACGACGCGCCCGCGAAGAAGAGCGGAGAAAGACAAGAGAUGUCGAAAAGGAGAGGGAAAGGGAGAGAGAAAAGGAGAAGGAGAAGUCAAGCGGGAUCAAGGGCAUGUUCAAGCGAUUGUUCAACUAA